AUGGACGACCGCCCCCCCAUAUCACACCCCUACCCCCCAGACCACUUUGCCCGCCCCCAAGGCCUCGACUACCAGCGCAGGCGCGACGAGCGCCACGCCAAUUCAGAUAUGCCUGCCGCCGCACAGGCCUACCCUCCGGCAUACCUUGGCGACAACCCCUAUGCCGAGAUGUCUAGAGGCCCGUCGCCCAAUCUUGGUGUACAGCAGCCGCUGUAUGGAUCGAGUCCAGCACCCAUGAUGCGCUCAGCGUCCUCAUCCUCGGCACAACCCUUAGCAGACCCCGAACGCGGAGAGGCAAAUUCGGCCAGCCGGAGCAAAGAGGGAGACUAUCCUGAAGGGUGGACAAAGGAGGACGAGGAGGCGGAGAGACAAUUUUUGAGCCAGGGGAUGAUAGAUUGGAAUGCGCUGAAGCAGUGGAGAUAUUGGAUCAGAAAAGAAUGGUGGUUCUGGUAUAUCUUGGGAGCCGUUGGCAUCGUCUUGGUCUGUCUGAUGUCUCUGUAUCAUGACGAGAUCGUCGACUGGCUGAGACCCGUCGCCAACUGGAUGAAAGACCUGACUGCCGGCUGGGUCAUCCCCAUUGCUGUAUUCUUUGUCCUCUCAUUCCCCCCGCUCUUUGGUCACGAAAUCGUUGCUGUGCUAUGUGGUGUUGUCUGGGGUCUAUGGGAAGGUUUCGGUAUCACAUCUGCCGGUACUCUCCUGGGCGAGAUCGGCAACUUUUACGCGUUCAAAUACUGCCUCAAAUCCCACGCCGAGAAAUACGAAAAGAACAACAUGAACUAUGCUUGCUUGGCCCAUGUAGUCAGAGAGGGAGGGUUCUUUAUCAUCUUUGUGGUCAGGCUGAGCGCUAUUCCUGGUCACUUCACGACCGCCGUCUUUGCGACCUGCGGCAUGAACAUCUGGAUCUUCACCCUAGCCGCCAUCCUCACUCUUCCCAAACAGGCAAGUCGCCCUCCCUCCACUCCUCUCAUUGUCGUAUACCUCGGAGUCCUCUUCGACGACACCGACUCGAGCUCCAAAGAAAAAUGGAUCUCCCGCGGCGUCCUCAUCGGCGGCUUCCUAAUCACCAUCGCUUCCGCCUGGUACAUCUGGCACGAAGUUCACAAAGUGCGCCCCAUCGUCUGGCGCCGCAGAAAGAUCGAAGCCGCUGCCAAGGGCAUGUCUCUAGAUCCCAAGACGGGCAAGUUUAUUGAGAGUCCGCAUGCGGGGAUGGACGGGCUGGCGGGAAGGGGGAAGGAGUGGGAGCAUGCGCUGAGGCCGGGGAGGGCGGAGGAGGAGGAUGAGGCGAGGAGCCCGAUUUUGGUGAAGCAUGAGAGGGAGCAGGAGAGGGAGAGGGAGGAGGGGUAUAGGAUGGAUACGCUUGGGAUGGACGAUUAUCGAGGGCAGAGGCAGCAGGGGAGGUUGGAGAGGCAUCAGAGUUAUCAGAAUCCUUACGAUAUCAGCUAUCAAAACUCGAAUCAGAUGUCGAUAUACGACGUCGACGGCCCUCAGGUGCACGAACAAGACAUUGCCUACGGCUACAAACCAGCCUCCUCCACAGAUACCUUCCUACCCACCUACAACGCCCAACCACCACCCCCCUCUCAUAACACUCAUCUCCAACCUCACCAACCAUCCGCCCACCAGCUCACCCACCCCUCACCGCCCGCGCAGAAUGAAGUCAGUUUCCCAGAAGCGCACUCUACGGGCGUGGAGAAUCAUCAUACCGGCGCGGGCGCUGGGCUGCAUAGGCAUGGGACGGGGGCGAAGGUGUAUGCGAAGGAGGAGCCGAGAGUGGGGUGGCCCCAGGCUACGCCGAACAUGAUUUGA